CGCAGUCACCCUCCACGUUUAAUCCGCAGUCCCUGUUUGCAUCAAACUACUAUUAAAAUACCUGUGGAUUACAAAUUGAGUUCACAUUGCUAGCGAAGAAAGAAGAUCAAGGACUAAUACUACUACAUUUUAUUGGCAAGGCCUUGCAGCGCUGUUACUGUUAGACAGAUACUGUCAUAGGGAAGUUACUGAGGGAUUACCCGUUACGGUUGUGUUUUAUUCUGUUGGGUGUUGCGUGGCGCAUACUGUGUGGUUGUGUACUGGAAGUGGGAAGGCGCGCAGCUUGAAGUAAGGCCUGCGCGCUAGUCCCACUUGGAGACACCAAAAUACCUGCGGCCGUAGGGGGGGUGUAAAGAAAUUGUUGCGCACAGCCUUUCGCAAUACUGAAUGUGCACCACUUAUGUUCCGAUUGUGUAUUACAACAACUGUUUUAGUAAAGUCAAUGAUUAUUUAAGUUUAACUUGUGUCUAGACGGUUCCUUUGUCGCUCAUAAACUAUUGUGUCAGUUUGCACCACAGCUGUGACCAGGGGAGUGAGACCCAGAAUACUGGGGGGGGUAAUAAAGCAGAGUGCAGGCCCAAAACAAUUAGCCGCUCCUUCGGGGGUAAGCGCUACACGUGGGGGCUCGUCCGGGAUCCUGUACCUCUGCAAAUAAAACCCAUCCCUGGUAUCAGCAUGGAUCCUAUUACAGUGGCUCGGUGGUGUGGAACUGAAGGCGCCCGUUCCGAAGCGAGCGUAGCCAUCGCCCUCCCGGGAGAAACCUGGGAUAGUGAGCAGAUCAAAAAGGUUGUGAAGGCACUGUCCCCAAAUAGAAAGGCCUGGGUGAUCGCCAUCAGACCAGACUGUGAAACCUCCCACACCUAUGCCCUAUUGGAGUGGAGGACGGAAGUUCCGGAGAACUUCAGGGGUCCGAGUGUACAGCUAGCUGGAGGAACCAAGUUAUACCUGACACAUCCAGAAGGGUCUGGUCAGAGCACUGCCAACUCUAGCCUUGUAAAGCCAACGGCGCUGGGAUUUGAUCAGAAAACAACCCCAGCCCAUACCAGUUCAAGACCCCCUCAAGGGAAGGUAAAACCUGUAUAUGGAAAGUACAGGGGAGGUUCUCAGUCAGAGCAGCAGCUAUCUGACCUGAAACGGCAGUGCCGCACCAUACAGGAAAGGUUCAAGGAGGCCUCUGGUGUGAUUGCAGGACACAUUGAAGAGCUAAGUGUCUCGUGCAAAGAUUCAAAUAACAGUAAGCUAAGUUCGAGGUCUGCCUCAGUUCCCUCGAGACGUACCAAAAAUCGCCUACCUGAAGUGACGAUCCGGAAGGAUUUUAAAAUCGAAGGACGGAUAGGGGAAAAAGACCUGUUUCAACUGUGGAGGAGUGGGACAUUACCGCCAAGUGUGUCCAAGCCCGCCGAAGACAGAAGCAAGGGCCCAGAAGCCGGCGGAAAACUCCAGAGGGCCCCAGUGAAGGAGUCAGCUGGGCGCCCGGUCACAAUAGUAAACUCCAAACAACCAUACGCCGUCCCGGUCCCUAGUGACCCCCGGGGGUCGAAGUUGAAAAAACACCCCCGGAAGAAGGGUGUAAAGGUACGAACCACCAAACAGACUAACCUUGCCACCCCACGUGGAUUCCCCCCUGAAUUAGUGGGGCCCUCUCCCAUUGUCCCUAUCCAAGUGGAAGGAAUCUAUACCAAAGCCCUGCUGGAUACUGGAGCUCAAGUAACUCUCCUUUACAGGGACUUCUAUGAGAAGCACCUCAGGCACCUGCCUCUCCAGAAGCUGGAGGAACUGGAGAUAUGGGGUCUAGGAACUCAGAAUUUCCCAUAUGACGGUUUCCUGCCUAUUAAGCUCACCUUCGACCCAAGCGUGGCCGGGGAGGCUGAAGUCUUCGAUGCUCUGGCAGUAGUAUGCCCCCGCCCACCAGGGGCGGACAAGAGUUCCAUCAUUAUUGGGACCAACACCAACCUAGUCCGGAGACUCUUGACACCACUUAUGCAGAAGCAGGACACUUCAGCCAUAAAAAUACACCCCAUACUGACCCAGGUGUAUCAGAACUUACUGCAUGAGCAGAGGGCCCCAGCCGAAGGAGUGGGAAGAGUCUGGCGUUUGGAUAGACGAGAAAAGGUGAUACAGCCUGGUGAGGUGGUCUGCCUGCGAGCUUCUGUCAAGCUCACUUGGGAACAACCAGGACCUUUCAUCGUCCUUGAGACGGACAGGAAACAGGGGAACAACGAGUUGGAGAUAGUCCCCGAAUUGCUACCAACUAAAUUACUGAAGAGAAAAAGAGGGAAAGUCUCCGUCAGCGUCCGGAACACCACAACAUCCCCAGUGAAGAUGCCGGCUAGAGUGUUGUUAGGGGAAGUGCAGCCAGCAACCCCAGUUCCUCCGUAUGAAAUGCUGAAAGAACAAGGAGAGGAGAUCCUUCUGGGAGAAUUCUUCCCAAAAAACACCCCCCUGUCACCCGAAUGGAUGGAGAGAGCAAAGACCCAGCUACUAAAAUGGAGGAUGGCUUUCUCAAAAAACGAGUUCGAUGUGGGGCUGGCCAAAAGUGCUGAACACAAGAUCCGGCUGGAAGAGGACAAACCUUUCCGGGAAAGGGUCAGGCGGAUUCCACUGGGAGACCUGGAAGAUUUGCGAGAGCAACUGGCUGAGCUGAAGAGAACAGGCAUCAUCCGGGAGUCUCGGAGCCCCUAUGCCUCCCCGAUAGUGGUAGUGAGAAAGAAGAAUGGGUCGUUACGGCUGUGCAUUGACUACAGGACACUGAAUCGGAGGACCAUUCCCGACCAAUACACCACCCCCAGAAUAGAAGAUGCCUUACAGAGCUUGUCGGGGGCGAAGUGGUUCAGUGUGCUGGACCUGAAGAGUGGGUACUACCAGAUUCCCAUGCACCCUGAAGAUAGGGAGAAGACAGCUUUCAUUACCCCGGUGGGGUUUUUUGAAUUUAACCGCAUGCCACAAGGCUUGUCGGGGGCCCCGGCCACCUUCCAGAGGUUGAUGGAGAAGACUGUAGGUGAUAUGAAUUUAAUUGAAGUGCUGGUAUACCUGGAUGAUGUGAUAGUGUUCGGCAGAACACUGGAAGAGCACGAAGAGCGCCUGGAGAAAGUCUUGAGUAGACUCCAUGAGGAGGGCCUGAAGCUUUCGAUGGAAAAGUGCAAAUUUUACCAGUCAUCAGUGAGUUAUCUGGGUCACAUAGUGUCCGCGGAAGGAGUGGCCACGGACCCGCAGAAGCUGGAUGCUGUCACCUCAUGGCCCCGGCCAACAAAUGUGACUGAACUCAGGUCUUUUCUGGGAUUCUGCUCCUACUAUCGCAGAUUUGUUGAAGGGUUCGCCAAGAUAGCUCACCCACUCACUGAACUAUUAAAGAACCAAGAGGGGGCUGGGUCGGACCCUGAUGGACCUGGGAAGCCUAAGGAGGGUCCCAGGAAGAAGAAAGAGUCGAUUGAAGACCAAUGGACCACUCAGUGUGAAGAGGCAUUUGUACAGUUGAAGCGGAGCCUCACUACUGCCCCGGUUUUGGCCUACGCAGACCCUGCCAGGCCUUAUGAACUGCAUGUGGACGCCAGUCGAGAUGGACUGGGUGGAGUACUCUACCAGGAGUAUGACGGGCACCUACGACCCAUUGCCUAUGUGAGCCGAAGUUUGACACCCGCUGAAAGGAAUUACCCAACUCACAAACUUGAGUUCCUGGCUUUGAAGUGGGCAGUAGUGGACAAACUGAGAGACUACCUAUAUGGCGCAGAAUUUGUGAUCAAGACAGAUAACAAUCCUCUCACCUACCUACUCACCACAGCAAAAUUAGAUGCUACAGGGCAUAGGUGGCUGGCUGCACUCUCUGGAUUCACCUUCAGUCUAAAAUACCGUCCAGGGGUCGGAAAUCGGGACGCUGAUGCAUUAUCCAGAAGGCCCCACUACGAUUGGAACUCGCCGGAAGGUUGGACCCAACUUACCCCUGAAGGUGUGAGGGCUCUUUGUGAAGGAGCAGAACAACCAGCGAAGGGUGGAGCCAGGGCUGAGGAGGUAGGAGUGUCCGCUGUGGGAAGCGCCAAGAAGGAAGCUCGCCUGUUAUGCAAGGAGUGGAGUCGGUUACAGUUGAAACAAGGAGUGGUGUACAGGAGGGCCCCCUCUGAAGAUCUGGAGGAGAAGUGGCAGUUGUUCCUGCCGGAGAAACAUAGGGAAAGAGUUCUGAUUGCUCUGCAUGACCACCAUGGCCACUUGGGAUCGGAAAGGACCCUUCAAUUAGUGAAAGACAGGUUUUACUGGCCAUACAUGCGAUCUGAAGUGGAGAAUUACUGUCGCUCUUGUCUCAGGUGCAUACAAAGGAAGUCUUUACCUCAGAGAGCCGCCCCAAUGGGCCAUAUGGAAAGCCACGGACCCAUGGAUCUAGUAUGUAUAGACUUCUUGUGUGUGGAAUCCGAUCUCAGUGGGCAAGGAAAUAUUUUGGUAGUCACGGACCAUUUCACCAGAUAUGCUCAGGCCUUUCCAGCCAGGGAUCAACAAGCGCCUACUGUGGCAAAGAUCUUGGUGGAGAAAUUCUUCAUCCAUUACGGCCUGCCUCAGCGGAUCCAUUCAGAUCAAGGAAGGGAUUUUGAGAGCACCCUCAUUAGGCAGCUACUGGACUUGCUGGAUAUAAAAAAUCUAGGACUACCCCCUAUCACCCACAAGGGGAUCCACAACCCGAAAGAUUCAAUAGAACUCUCCUCAACAUGUUAG